AGCACACACAGGAGAGUGGGAAGAAGAAGGGGAGAGAGUUAGAGUCACCGGAGAGCGAGGGAGAGAUUUCACAUUCCUCUCACGUCUUCAUCUCUCCUCUUCCUCCUCUCCUUUAGCCUCAGCCACGGGGAGAGGUACUGCUAUUAUCUCCCCCAAUGCUUCCCAGCUGCAGCACAAACCUAUGCCCGGCAUCGGACAGUGAGCAGGACGUUGCGGGCCACAACAGAACACGCCGCAGGAGGAUGAAGAAGUGUCAAUCCCUCUAAACUAAAGCUGUGAAGUGGCUCUCUUCCUGGAGUCCAGACUUCACCCAUCUGGUGUCAGCGAGGAUGCUGUGGGUUACCUUGCUGAGCACCAUAGCCUUAGGAUGGACCACCCCGAUCCCAUUACUGGAGGACUCGGAGGAGAUCGAUGAGCCGUGCUUCGAGCCCUGCUACUGCGAAGUCAAAGAGGGCAUCUUCCACGUGCACUGUGACAGCAAAGGAUUUACAAAUGUGAGCCAGGUUGCUCAGAUAUGGAGCCGGCCAUUCAAACUCAACCUGCAGAGAAACUCUAUGAGGAAGCUCUACUUUAACAGCUUUCUCCAUCUAAACAACGCCAUAUCCAUAAAUCUCGGUAAUAACGCCUUGCAAGACAUCCACGCUGGAGCAUUCAACGGCUUGGGAAUACUCAAACGGCUUUUCUUGCACGAGAACAAACUUGAGAUUUUCCGGAAUGACACAUUCCUCGGACUGGAGAGUUUAGAGUAUCUCCAAGCAGACUACAAUGUUAUCAAAAGGAUUGAAAGUGGUGCAUUCAGGCACCUACACAAAUUGAGAGUGCUUAUACUAAAUGACAAUCUGAUUCCACUGCUCCCCAAUUAUCUCUUCCGGUCUGUUUCGCUAACACAUUUGGACCUUAGGGGGAACAGACUAAAGACGUUGCCCUAUAAAGGGACGUUGGAGUACGUUGGCCGGAGCUUGAUGGAAAUUCAGCUGGAGGAGAAUCCUUGGAACUGUGUGUGUGAGAUUGUCCAGCUAAAGACUUGGCUGGAGAGAAUUCCUUAUACUGCUCUGGUAGGCGAAAUAACAUGCGAGUACCCGUUCCAUUUACAUGGAAAAGACCUACGGGAAAUUAAGCGCAACGAGCUGUGCCCUUUGCUCUCCGAUUCUGAGAUUGAGGCCAAACUGGGAAUUCCACGCAUCCCAUUCAACAAUGACAACACGUGGCCUACCAAACCAUCCUCCAUGCUCUCCUCCUUUCACAACACCGCAUCCUCUGCAAUAAAGCCCACAAAACGACCUCGUCCCACCAAGAACCCCCCAACACCGCGUAGUAUUUACCCAGGCAUCAACCAGCCCCCCAUUGCCGGCUAUCAGACAAGACCUCCAAUCCCGAUAAUUUGUCCCGCCGGAUGUAUUUGCAACCUUCACAUCACUGACUUGGGCCUAACAGUGAACUGUAAGGAGAAAGGCUUUCACAACAUCUCUGACCUUUUGCCGAGGCCGCUCAAUGCCAAGAAACUAUAUCUCAGCGGGAACUUAAUACAGAAAAUUUACCGCUCUGAUUUCUGGAACUUCUCGAGUUUGGAUUUAUUGCAUUUAGGCAACAACCGGAUAUCUUAUGUGCAGGAGGGCGCUUUCAUCAACCUACCAAACUUAAAAAGCUUAUACCUGAAUGGCAAUGACAUCGAAAGGCUCACCCCCGGGAUGUUUCGAGGACUCCAGAUGCUGAGCCUACUCUACUUUGAGUAUAAUGUUAUACGAGAGAUACAACCAAACGCCUUUUCACUUAUGCCCAACCUGCAGCUGGUUUUUCUCAAUGACAACUUGCUGCGCUCCCUCCCCGAUGACGUCUUCGCUGGCACCAACCUUGCUCGCCUCAACCUCCGCAACAAUUAUUUCCUUUCCUUGCCUGUGCGUGGAGUCCUGGAGCACCUGACCUCUAUUGUCCAAGUUGACCUUCAUCAGAACCCCUGGGAGUGCUCCUGCGAUAUCAUCCCUCUCAAACAAUGGGUGGAAAAGCUCUCCUCUGUCAUAGUGGUUGGAGAUGUCAUCUGCAAGACGCCAGAGUUUGCCUUUGGGAAGGAUUUGCGUUCAUUAGAGGUUGAAGUACUUUGUCCUGAACUUAAAUAUUCCGCAGGCUCCUUACCCGCUCAGCCUGGUGGGGAUGACCUCACCACCAGGAGUACUGGAAUGGGGGAGGCAGCUAGAAGAGAUGCAGUUCCGCUGUCCGUCCUCAUCCUCAGCCUCCUCAUCCUCUUCAUCUCUGCUGUGUUUGUAGCAGCCGGGCUGUUUGCCUUUGUUCUUCGUCGGAGGAAGAAGCUGCCCUUCAGGAAGCGUUCUGAGGUGGAUCUGACAGGGAUCCAGAUGCAAUGCAGGAUUUUUGAGGAUGCGCCAAGGCAGAGCAGCGCCGGCAACUCGAGUACACUAGAGAAGCCAACCCCCAGCUUGCACACACACACUCAUCCCAGUCACUCACAUCCCCAUGGCCAUGUUUAUGAUUACAUCCCACAUCCUGUGACUCAGAUGUGUAACAACCCCAUCUAUAAGCCCCGAGAGGGGGAGAUAGCAGCACCGUCAGAUGAAGACAGAGGGCAGUUUUCAGCCAAGAAAGACAAUGGCAGUAGCAGCAACAACUAUCGAACCUUGUUAGAGAAAGAAAAAGAGUGGAGCCUGGCUAUUUCCAACUCUCAACUCAACACCAUCGUCGGUGUCAACCACACCACAGCCGACUUUGCAGGACUUCAUGAGAAUGGUGGACUCUGCCCCACGGUCAUUGACAGUCAAAGGCCCACGCCUACCGUCGGUUUCGUGGACUGCCUUUACGGGACCGCUUCCAAAAUCAAGGAUAUGCACGUGGCACAUGCACAUCCACCUGGCAUGCAGUACCCAGAUUUGCAACAGGACGCUCGGCUGAAGGAGACUUUGCUUUUCACGGCGGGGAAAGGCUGCUACCCCGAACCGUCCCAAAGCGAUUACUUGGAGUUAAGGGCCAAACUCCAAACCAAGCCGGAUUACCUCGAAGUGUUGGAAAAAUCGUAUCGGUUUUAACAUUUGUAGCUCAGAGGAGAAAGGCCUGACAUGAUCACUUUGUUAUCCUUAAAACACAACCACCCAAAACCAAUAUUAGAAGAAAGUCAAUCUGAACAAGGCAGCAUGAUAUGAAAAGAAAACAUAUUACAGUGCCGCCUAAAUCUUUACGAAGGAGAGGUUGUUCUCAGAUGUUUCAAUCAAGUGCCUUUUUUUUCAGAGUAGCCAGCAAUGUCAGCAUCUGUUAUUUUUAUAAUAUAAAUAUACUAUCUACUUGCUGAGAGGAGUGCAUUAGAGGACUAAGAGAGGCACUAGGGAAUAAAAAAAUAUACACCACAAUCCUGAAAUCCUUUGUUUAUGGAAUUCCCUCGACACACGGGAGCAGGACGUCUCCCUGAAUUGAAGGGUUAUUCUCUGCUUCUUUUACCCCUCACUAGGAUGUACAAAGACCCGGAGGCCGUGCACAUUAAGGCUAUGGGAAAUCAGUGGAAGAUGGAUAAAACAAAUAUGAAUACAAACUGCAGUUUGCUGCAUGCACUCGCAGCAGUGCAGGAAGAUGAGGGGUGUGGGGUGGCGUUGAGACAGUUGCAAUUCAUCACAUUGUGAACAAAGAUACUGCAACGUAUUAACAGUUCAGUGUUCUAUUUAAUUUUUAUAUCUUAUGACUAUGGUUGUUACCAUUAAUUAGGACUUCUGUCUCUAUCAGGGUGCUUCUCAUAAAAGAUGCGCCAAUGAGGCACGGAUGGUCAAACCUUUGUGAAUAUUAUUAGCAGACAACGCUCAAGUUUUUCUGGAUAUUUCCAUGCACUUUGUUAAACCUCCACUCUCCACACAAUUGUCUCUGGAUCCUGCCCCUGCCCCCCCUACUUGUCCUCGCCCCAUCAUCAACCACUAACAGCUUUGUAGGAGGCACUUUUAAUGUUUUCUCUCUCACACAAAGAUUUGAAGAAAAAAUGUGCAUAUAUUUAUUCUGUAAUUUCAGUGAAGACUUUAAUUGUAAAGGUAAUGUUAAAUCAAUGUACAGUGAUUAUGCGUCUGGUAUAGCCUUCUUAAUAAAAAGAAACUUCAAACAGAUGGCAGGAGACGUUGAGGUGCGUUGGGGAAUACUGGUCUGUGUUAUUGUUCACGAGCCAUGGCUGUGGUGAAAGUAGAAUCUUAAACUAGAUUUGGGUUCAGGAGAAUUCAGUAAAAAUGAAUUUGAACUGGAUUGUUUUCUCGCAAAACGGCAGUGAAUGCACAAUCUUUAAAAAAAAUAUUACUGAGUCACCUUUGCUUUUCUUCCUGUUUACUUUUGCACAAAAUACUACUGAAUUCAGGCUCCUGAGAUACUGAAGGAAAAAAAAAGUUUCAUAUUUUUGGGGUUGGUUGAUCACAUUUAUUUCAAGACUACACUGGUCUUUCUACGUGUUUAAUUUUCUUGGGGAAAAACCAAAAUGAUGCCCAAACUAAACUAAAUAUACGUAGGUGUGUCAAUUGGCAGUGUUCGGUUUUCAAUGAUGUAACCUGUCAAAGAAUGAGUGAGCUGGAGUGUUAAGAAGCUAUCUAUCUAUCAAUCUAUAUGUAAUUGCGCUAAUGCGCCAAAACUAGCAGUGUUGUUUUAGUCCACUGGAGGACAACACGAAAAUGAUUUGCCUCUGAGAGUAGAUUCAGAAUUACGAAUUCUAUUUACUUUCUUGUUAUUUUAGUGCAUAAUAAAUUUCAACACUCCCCCUGAAA